AGCAUUAAUGCAACUAGCGUGUACAGCUUUUCAAAUACACCUCCAUAAUAAUCCAUAAAUAUGUUAUAAAAAGUCACACUCCCAAAUAAUUUGUCGCAAAUUUCUCAUUUCCUAGAAGAUCAUAUCAUAUUGUAUAUUUCAAACUCUUUAUAGUUUAAAUAUAAAUAGAGGAUUUUACAAAUGGCUUUGGAAGAAAGCAGGGUAGAAUUGACAGAAGAGAAGAUGGAAAAAAUGGCGAUUUUACCAGAUAAUAACAAUAACUCAGAUCAGCAUGAAACUACUCCUAAGUCUAAGAAAAAGGGUGGUAUAAUUACCAUGCCUUUUAUUAUUGUGAAUGAGGCUUUUGAGAAAGUAGCAAGUUAUGGUUUGUUGCCAAACAUGAUAUUUUACUUGAUGAAUGUUUAUCACUUGGAAGCUGCAAAAGGAGUUAUUGUAUUAUCGUUAUGGUCUGGAAUUUCCAAUGCGUUGGCUAUUGUUGGAGGUUUUCUCUCCGAUUCUUACUUUGGUCGAUUUCGAGUCAUAGCUUUUGGAACCUUCUGUAGUCUUCUUGGAACAAGUUUACUUUGGUUGACUUCCGUAGUCCCAGCACUAAAACCAGCACCCUGUGCAAAGUCUAGUUCAGAGAGCUGUUCAUCAGCUACACCGAUCCAAUUCCUUGUCUUGUUCGGCUCUUUCGGCCUGAUCUCCAUAGGAGCCGGUUGCGUGAGGCCGUGUUCGUUAGCUUUCGGAGCUGAUCAAGUGAGCAACAAAGACAAUCCCAACAAUGAAAGAGUUCUAGAUAGUUUCUUCAACUGGUAUUAUGCCUCAACAGGGUUGGCAACUAUCAUUGCAUUGACAGUUAUUGUGUUCAUUCAAGAUAAAUUCGGGUGGCCAAUCGGAUUCGGUGUGCCUGUUUGUCUUAUGGUCCUUUCUCUUGUAGCCUUCUUUUUCGGGUCACCGUUGUAUGUUCAUGUCAAGGUCAAGGACAGCUUGUUUAUUGGUAUGUUUUGUUCGUAACAUACUAUGCUAUUUCCAAAUUUUAUUAUUAGAUUACUAAAAUAGUUAUCAUACAUGCAUAUUACCUACUAUAUUAGUAGUAUGUAAACAUAGUUUAUCAUAUUCUUGACAUGAUUAGUUCUUCUAAAGAGUAUCAUGAGUACAUUUCAUUUUUUUUUUUAACCUAAUGGCCUAGGUGCCGAUAUGAUCCUUUUGUGGAUGGUCGUUGUACUAAAUCUAGUUUUAUAGCUUGUAUCUCAGACAUGUUUAUGUUUAAUUGUAAUGACUUAAGUAUUUUAA